AUGCUUUCUCUCCAUCUAGCCACUUUGGUGGCCUUCGCCGUGGCCGCCCCAUCCCUCGAAACCCGGCAAUCCACUCAACUCAUUACCGUAAACCCAGCCCAAAAAUACCAAACCAUCGACGGCUUCGGCUUCUCCGCCGCCUUCCAGCGCGCAAACCUCAUCGUCAACCUCGCCGAACCAAAACAAUCCGAGGUCCUGAACCUCCUCUACAACACCACCAGCGGUGCCGGAUUCUCCAUUCUCCGCAAUGGCAUUGGAAGUUCCGUGGACAGCAGAAACGACUGGAUGAAUACGAUUCUGCCUACUUGUCCCAGUUCCCCGAGCGGGACUUUCAAUUAUAAGUGGGAUGGGAAGGACAGUGGGCAGCUUUGGUUGAGCCAGAAGGGCGUUGAGUUUGGGGUUAAGCAGUUUUAUGCUAAUGCUUGGAGUGCGCCCGGGUGUAUGAAGACGAAUGGGAAUGAUGCUAAUGGAGGGACGCUUUGUGGCGUCUCUGGUGCAAGCUGUGCAAGUGGUGAUUGGAAACAAGCAUACGCGAAUUAUCUCGUCAAAUACAUCCAACUCUACAUACAAUCCGGUGUACCCAUCACGCAUGUCGGUUUCCUCAAUGAGCCCGACUAUACAGCUUCUUACGCCUCCAUGCUCUCCUCCGGUACCCAAGCGGCCGAUUUCAUCAAAGUGCUCCGCCCAACACUCGACCGCAACAACUUGACCUCCGUCGGCAUCAACUGCUGCGAGGGAACAGGAUGGAACGUCGCCAACCAACAUGCCAGCCAAAUCGCCUCUGCCGGUGCUCUCGGAAGCGUCUAUGCAAUCACAAGCCAUGAGUACAGCAGCCGCAUCAACGGUCCACUCAACACCCGCGCCCGCGCCUGGCAAACAGAGUACUCUGACCUCAACGGUGGCUGGAGCACAGCAUGGUACUCGAACGGCGGUGCUGGCGACGGCUUCACGUGGGCCAACACCGUCUUCAACGGCAUGGUCAACUCCAAUCUCUCAGCCUACAUCUUCUGGGAAGGCAUCCAAGACCGCGCCACCAAUAACAACAACAACGAAAAACUCAUCCUCAUAGACGGCCAGAACUACUACGUCUCCAAGCGUCUGUGGGCUUUUGCGCAGUUCCGUAUCGUAAGGCCUGAAGCUGUGCGUGUUGCUGCUUCGUUGAGCGGGAACCAGAUUAAGAGCGGUGCGUUUGUGAAUAAGGACGGCAGUAUUGCGGUUGUGGCUAUUAACUCGGGUACGGGUACGCAGACGGUGGGAGUUAAACUUGAUGGGGGUGUGUCGUUGACGGGGAAGAAGAUUAGAGCGUGGUAUACAGAUAAUUCCAAGGAUAUGGGUGAGGUGCAGGUCACGGUUUCGAGUGAUGGGUCGACGGCAAGUGUGAGUGUACCUGGAAGAGCUAUGGUUAGCUUCCUGGUGGAGGGUUGA